AUGCCCACAACCCCGGCCCUUAUCACCAAACCUACAAACCUCAACCGCUCAAAUGCUCAACUCCGAUCAUUCAACCCUAAAUUCGCUGUCCCCAAACAUUCCCCGAUCCUUUUAACCCAAUCACCAUACAGUUGUCCCAUCCCUUACAACCCCUGUCCUAAAUCCAAUCACAAGAUAGCUGCCUCUUCUCCAACUCGUUCAAACUCGACAUUUUUUUUCUUUUUGCGCCGACAAAGUGAGUCUCGCACUCCAGAAUCCAAAUCCUCAUUCUCUCUCAUCUUCUUCUCUCUGUCCCCCUCCACCAACAUCAGGCGUCUCCCCCACCCUGUAAACAGACGUUUGUCUUCCAUGUGUCCUUUUCAAUAUUUGUCCCGAGGGUUUCCACAUAACGUGCCCAUAGGGCUUUUCCUUGGAUGCCCCUCCCCUUUGUCAGACUCAGCGAUAACCUUCCGCCGGUGUCGUCUCCAAACUCACACAGCGGAAAAUACCCUCUUAGUCAUUUUUGUCUUUUCAUUUCUGGAGUUCUCACUACUCACAUCUGGUCAGGCCCAGCCGCCUUCUCAGCUUUUACCAAACAUCUCUUUUUCUCUUUCUUUCUCUCUCUCUCUCUCUCUCUCUCUCUCUCUCUCUCUCUCUGUGUGUCUCUGUCUCUCUCUGUGUCUGUCUUUCGCUCGCUCUGUCUCUCUCCGUCAUUUAAUCUAUCUACCUUUCAAUAUAUUAGACUGUCUACGUUUUUAUUUUUUCUUCUAA